GCGUGGUACAUAGGCGGCGCUGCUUCCUUUCCUUCUCCAGAUUAAUCAACAAAACCUUCUGGUUGUUGAUCGAUUCGGCGUCGGCAGAGCGAAGCGUGCUCCUAUAAAGGCCGCGGCCUCUCCGCCUCCCCGGCCGGCUUUCUCGUUGCGCCUCGACCGCAAGAAAUAAGCGCGCGGUUUCUCCGAUUCUUCAACUCUUCCUGAGGGGUUCGUCGUCGUCCGUGUCGCCGGCGAACCAUGCAGCGCAGCAACUCGUUCGGCACGUCGUGGGCGGACCAGUGGGACUACGGCGGCGACCCGAGCCCCCGCGCGCGCGGGCGGCAGGACGGCGGCGGCGGCGGCAGCAAGAAGCAGGGCGGGGUGGAGAAGACCAAGGCGGCGGCGGCGACGGGGCUGAGGAAGGUGAAGGAGGGCACGGCCAGCGGGUUCCAGUGGAUCAAGGACAAGUGCCAGAAGAAGAGCGGCGGCGGCAAGAAGCAGGGCGCCCAUGAGGGCUCCGGCAUCGCCGGUUACUAGUAGAUAGCUUGGCUCUGCUUCGGAUGGAAGCCUGGUUGGUUAGGCGAUUUCUGUUUCUCCUCCGCUCGUUGUGUCGUCCAUGUGUGUACAGUUUUGCUGUUGGAUGAUGGUAGUGUCUGUCGUCGACACCUUCAUUCGUGUAGAUGGAUUUCUGGUUCUCUGCUAUUAUUGAUGAUUGCCAUUGGUUCAUUGUUUUGAAAUCUA